GAAAACUCUGAUAAAUUGUGUGUCGUUAUUACAGAUCUGUAGUUGUUCAAAGCAAUGUGGUGGCCGUGGGAUGUCAGUUUUACUCAUCACAGCACCAAAUCAACGGUGCCAUUAUUCGCUCUCUCUCACUUCUGAGAGCUGGGAAGAGAGGAACAACACAGGGGGUAGAGAGACGAAGAAAAGAACCUCAUCUUUCGGGUAAAAAAGGGGUUCUCUGGCUCCUGGGAAUCCAUUAAUCUACCCCUUUUUUCUCUUUUCAUUCUUUGCUUCUUUCCUACUUUCUUAAGAAAUUUGCAGUAAGUGGGGGGAACCCAGAAAUUUUCUGAGAUCUUGAUCGAUUCCGGCUUUGGAUAAGUGGGUUUGUCUUCAGUUCCGCAGUUUCAAUUUUGUAAAUGGAUUUGGAUAGUAUCGAGUGUGUAUCAUCGUCAGAUGGUCUCGAUGAGGAUGAGAUCCAUCUUCACAACACUCUCCAUCCUUAUUCCCAUUCUCAUCAUCAUUCAGAGUUGCCAGCAUCGAAGCCUCGUAAUGGAAACAACAAUAGCGCUAUAACAGGCCCCACUGCGACUGCGCCGGCCACUAGCGUCCAUGAAUUGCUCGAGUGCCCCGUCUGCACUAAUUCUAUGUAUCCUCCCAUCCAUCAGUGCCACAAUGGACAUACCUUAUGUUCUACAUGCAAAACACGGGUUCAUAAUCGCUGCCCUACUUGUAGACAAGAGCUAGGAGAUAUUAGGUGCUUAGCACUGGAGAAGGUGGCAGAGUCGCUUGAAUUACCUUGCAAGUAUUAUCCCUUGGGGUGCCCGGAGAUAUUUCCAUACUACAGUAAACUCAAGCAUGAGGCUUGGUGCAACUUCAGACCUUACAAUUGCCCGUAUGCUGGGUCAGAAUGCUCUGCUGUUGGGGAUAUUCCUUUUCUCGUUGCCCACCUGAGGGAUGAUCAUAAGGUGGAUAUGCACACUGGAUGUACAUUUAACCAUCGCUAUGUGAAAUCGAAUCCAAGGGAAGUGGAGAAUGCCACUUGGAUGCUUACUGUUUUUCAUUGUUUUGGUCAAUAUUUCUGCCUUCACUUUGAAGCGUUUCAGCUUGGUGUGGCCCCAGUCUACAUGGCUUUCCUUCGUUUCAUGGGUGAUGAGAAUGAGGCACGAACAUACAGUUACAGUCUCGAGGUUGGUGGAUAUGGGCGAAAACUAAUAUGGGAGGGUACACCACGAAGUAUUAGAGAUAGUCAUCGAAAAGUCAGGGACAGCCAUGAUGGAUUAAUCAUUCAAAGAAAUAUGGCUCUUUUCUUCUCUGGUGGGGAUAGGAAGGAACUGAAGCUGAGAGUUACAGGAAGGAUAUGGAAGGAACAAAACCCAGAUGCUGGGGUCUGCAUACCAAACCUUUGUACCUAAUAGUGUUACUAAAGGCCUCUACCGUUUUGUGUAUUGUGGACACUGCCUUGCUUUGUACCUAUUCUUACCUUUCCUCGUAUAUUGUAACGGAUGAGUUUUUCAACUGUAAAAUACUAAUCAUAUUGAUAAUUAUUGAUCUUCCAACGAAA